CCCGCCUUCCCAUGGGUGGAGCCAUAUGGGUUAUCCUUUCCUGCUUGGUACCCUGACGCUGCUGGUCCGCCGUGGUCAGUUCUUCAAACCCCCAUGCUGGGGUCUAGAAUCCGUUCUGCCCCCUAAAAGACUCUGCAAUAACCUUAUGGCACCGCCUCGAAUCGGGACACACAACGGCACCUUCCACUGCGAUGAGGCUCUAGCUUGCGCCUUACUCCGCCUCCUCCCAGAGUACCGGGAUGCAGAGAUUGUGCGGACUCGGGACCCCGAAAAACUGGCUUCAUGUGACAUCGUGGUGGAUGUGGGUGGCGAGUACGAUCCUCAAAGACACCGAUAUGACCAUCAUCAGAGGACAUUCACAGAGACCAUGAGUUCCCUGUGCCCUGGGAAGCCGUGGCAGACCAAGCUGAGCAGUGCGGGACUUGUGUAUCUACACUUUGGGCACAAGCUACUAGCCCAGUUGCUGGGCACUAGUGAAGAGGACACUGUGGUGGAUACCCUCUAUGACAAGAUGUAUGAAAACUUCGUGGAGGAAGUAGAUGCAGUGGACAAUGGCAUCUCCCAGUGGGAGGAGGGGGAGCCUCGAUAUGCACUGACCACUACAUUGAGUGCCCGGGUUGCUCGGCUUAAUCCCACCUGGAACCAGCCCAACCAAGACACUGAGGCAGGGUUCAGGCAUGCAAUGGAGCUGGUUCAGGAGGAGUUUUUGCAGAGACUAAAUUUCUACCAACACAGCUGGCUGCCAGCCCGGGCCUUAGUAGAAGAGGCCCUGGCCCAACGAUUCAAGGUGGACCCAAGUGGGAAGAUAGUGGAACUGGCAAAAGGUGGAUGCCCUUGGAAAGAGCAUCUCUACCACUUGGAAUCUGAGCUCUCCCCACCAGUGGCCAUCAGUUUUGUUAUCUAUACUGACCAGGCUGGACAGUGGCGAGUCCAGUGUGUGCCCAAGGAGCCUCACUCAUUCCAGAGCCGGCUGCCCCUGCCAGAGCCAUGGCGGGGACUCCGGGAUGAGGCCCUGGACCAGGUUAGUGGGAUCCCUGGCUGCAUCUUCGUCCAUGCCAGUGGCUUCAUUGGUGGGCACCACACUCGAGAAGGUGCUCUGAGCAUGGCCCGUGCCACUCUCGGCCAGCACCUAGCACCCAUGCCCCCUGCAAAGCCAUAGGCAAAUAAAACUUCUUUCACAUCUCA